AUGGUUUCUCUCAAGACGAUAUUCUCCGUUGCCGCGGUCCUCGCCACGGCUGCUUCCGCCCUGCCCGCAUCCAUCAGGUUGACGUCCCGGCAAGCCAACUACUACAAGCUCGCUGUGCGGCAAAAUGCCAUGGCCAAGUCCAUGAACCUGACCGAUCCCGUUAUUUUGAACUUCGCCCUGACGUUGGAGCACCUGGAGUCCAGUUUUUACGACCAGGCUCUCAACGAGUCUGGAAACAAGAUGGAUGACAACAUGAGGAACGCUCUGCGCACCGUCCGGGAUUCCGAGGCGACGCACGUCGUCUUCCUCACUUCCUCCCUCGCUCAGACGGGCGCCAAGCCAGUCGAGUCUUGCAAGUACAACUUCAACACGAGCGAUGUCAACAACAUCAUCAAGACGGCAGCCGUGCUUGAGAACGUCGGCGUCGGGGCCUACCUCGGCGCCGCCCCCGCCAUCAGCGACAAGAAUGUGCUCAGCGCCGCCGCCUCCAUCGCCACUGUCGAGGCGCGCCACCAGACCUCUAUCCGCAGCCUCCUUAAACAGGACCUCGUGCCCCAGCCCUUUGACAGCUCCCUCAGCCCCCGCGCCGCCUUCACCCUCGCCAAGCCCUUUAUUGCCUCAUGCCCCGAUGGCUCCAACCUUCCCAUCGAGCCCUUCCCCGCCCUGACCAUGAUGCCGGGCCAGGAGUCUGCCCAGAUGACGGUCGGCUCCUCCGUUAAGUUGCUGGCCGAGCAAGGGGCCGGCUCUGCCAAGAACUGCGCCUUCACCACCACCCCCGACCAGUCCCCCGGCGGCGCCCUCUUCGUGUCCUUUUCCGAGAGCGAGGGCUGUCAGGUUCCCCAGGGAGUGUCCGGAAUCACCUACGUCUUCCUGACGUCGUCAAAUCCCGCCGACAGCGCCGUCACCGACGCCAUCACCGUUGCUGGACCCAUGGCCAUGGUCCUGUCGUGA